AUGCCUCCUUCGCAGCUCAAGAGGUUGAAAGCCUCUUUACGAGAGCAGGGUAUUACUGGCCCCCAGCAAUCGAAAAAACAGAAGAAGCAGAAUGCGCAGAAUGGCGUCAACAAGGAAAAGAAGGUGGGGAGAAAUGUUACCCUCAAUGGCAUUCGAGAGCAAUUCAACCCAUUCGAUUUUACAUCUUCGAAGAAGCCUAAAUUUGACGUUACCACCGAACAUUCGCAUAAGCCUGCUAUCAGGAGACCAGGUCUGCAGAAAAGUCGUGAUGAAGAACUGCGCCGGCAGGCUUACAUUGAAGAGCAACAAACUCGGCGUAAAGUUGGUGGCAUACUGGAUAAGCGAUUUGGAGAAAAUGACCCUAGCAUGGCCCCCGAAGAGAAAAUGUUAGAACGUUUCACGAGAGAGAAGCAAGUUCGGCACAAAAACAGCUCUGCAUUUGACUUAGAAGACGAUGAAGGAGGCGAACUCACGCACAUGGGCCAGUCCCUAUCUCUAGACGGACCUGCCUUAAAGGAUGACUUCGAGGAGGACGAUCUGGAUCUUUCGGACGCAGAUGACCAUCCUUCGGAUGAGGAGCGACAACUAAAACGAAGGCGGUCAGAUGUUGAUGGCGAAGAAGACGAGGACGAAGACGAAGAUGGAGAGGAUCGUCCAGAGCGGAAGAAGUCCAAGCAGGAAGUUAUGAAGGAACUUAUAGCAAAAUCAAAGCUGCACAAAUAUGAGCGACAAGCCGCGAAGGAUGAUGAUGAGGAUGUCCGGGAGGAGUUAGACAAGGAAAUGUCAAGCAUUCAUGAUCUGCUCCGAGGCAUUGGUCGUAAACCUGUUCCAGUACUUGCAGCAGCGGUACCUGGCAUGAAUCCAGACCGUGUUGCACUAUUAAAUGGGACUGAAAAGGUGAAAUUCGACAAAGAAUACGAUCUCCGACUGAGGCAGUUAGCUCAAGACGCCCGGGCGAAACCUACCGAGAAGUCGAAGACGGAAGAAGAGAUGAUAGAGGAGAGAGCGAGGAAACUGCAACAGCUAGAAGCAAAGAGACUUCGCCGGAUGCAGGGAGGAGAAGUCAGUGACGAUGAACAAAAGACAACGGAGGACGGACCUGAUGAAGAAGAGGACGAAGAUGACGAGUUUGGUUUUGGAGCAGGUAUUAAGGUCAGGCCUUCAAUGGCUGAUCUGGGAGUUGAGGAUGAGGACGAUUUCCUGAUAGACGACGGUUUAGUUGCCAGUGGCUCAGAGCAGGACGACUCGGAGGAAGACUCAGACGAUGAGAUUGAAGAACUUGCGGAAGAGGAGGACGACGAAUUCGUCACUGGACUCCUGACUGAAGAAGAGGCCAAAAGGCCAGAGUUCUUGACAAGUGCGAACGGUCCUGUACAAGAGAUUGAGCUACCAUCUCAGAACGGAGUACACGGAAAUCUGGCAUUCAAGUUUUUAUGCCCCGAAUCACACGAACAGCUUAUUGAGAUCACAAAGGGAAUUGAUAUCCUUGAUCUCCCAACCGUCAUACAACGAAUAAGAGCCCUCUACCAUCCCAAGCUCAAGAGUGAAAAUAAAUCGAAGCUUGGGAACUUGGCGGUAGCACUGGUGGACCAUAUAUCGUACCUUGCAAACCAGGAAGAGCGUCCUCCAUUUUCUGUGCUAGAGACCAUUAUCCGUCAUAUCCAUUCUCUAGCAAACAUGUUCCCGGUCGAGAUCGCAAAUUCUUUCCGCCAUCAUCUUGAGGACUGGAACACGUCUCGAGCUCUUUCGCCUACCCCUGGAGACCUGGUGAUUCUCACAGCAGUUGGAACGAUUUUCCCAACAUCUGAUCACUUUCAUCAAGUUGCUACUCCUGCAAUCCUUGGGAUGGCACGAUACCUUGGUCUCAAAAUCCCCCAAAGUCUAGCAGACUACGCAACCGGAGCAUAUUUAUGCACCCUUUGUCUCCAGUAUCAGGAACUGUCUAAGAGAUAUAUCCCCGAGGUGAUGAACUUCAUCGAGAACACGUUAUGUGCUUUGGCGCCUGCGAAGAUGUCAAGAACACCUGAUAGCUUUCCUUAUCAUGACCCGAAGUCUUCGCUACGAAUCGAAAGAGUCCCCCAAUUAGGGAGAGGGUUGAAGUUCUAUGAUUGUACUACGAACGAACUAUCGGAAGAUGAAAAAGAGACUGUCAAAGCCGCUGUACUAGAUAUCAACUUGAGUCUUGUCAAUGUAGCAGCCACGAUAUGGACUGGCAAAGCUGCGUUCAUAGAAGUCUUCGAGCCUGCCCUCAGAAUCACACACUAUCUCGCCUCCAAAAAGUGCCGGACCAAGCUCUCCGGCAACACUCAAAAAACCCUUACCACCGUCUCCCAAAAGCUUACUGUUCUUCUCGAUCAGUCUCGUCUUGCCCGUCGUCCUCUUGAACUACACCACCACAAACCUCUCGCCAUCAAAACAUCCAUUCCCAAAUUUGAAGACAACUUCAAUCCAGAACGUCAUUACGACCCAGACCGCGAGCGUACGGAAUUGGCGAAGCUUAAGAAAGAGCACAAACGUGAGCGCAAAGGUGCGAUUAGAGAAUUGCGCAAGGAUUCGAGAAUUUUGGCGAGCUCGAGUCUCAAGCAGAAGAAAGAGAGGGAUGCGGCCUAUGAGAAGAAACAGAAGAGGUUACUGGCGGAGAUCCAGGGAGAGGAGGGCCACGAAAAAAAGGAAUACGAGCGUGAGAAAGCUUGGAGGAAGAAGUCUAAGAAGUGA